AUGUCCAACUUCAACCCCAACGGUAACCUUCCAAACGGUAGCGGCCCAGGCAAUCCCUCAGCAAUGGCCUCGACGAUGAACUCCCCCGCUUCAAACGGCACCAGCAGCUCACCCACCGGCGGUGCGCCCACUGUGAUUGGCGGCGGUCGCUUUGACUUUGACGACGGCGGGACGUACUGCGGCGGGUGGCACGACGGCAAGGCACAUGGCCACGGCAUCUGCACCGGCCCCAAGGGGCAGGGAGAGUACUCCGGCUCGUGGCACUACGGCUUCGAGGUGAGCGGCAUCUACAAGUGGCCUUCAGGGGCAACGUACGAGGGCCAGUGGCAGAACGGGAAGCGGCACGGCAUCGGCGUGGAGUACCGCGGCAAGUGGGUCUACAAGGGCGAGUGGACGCAGGGCUACAAGGGCCGGUACGGCAUCCGCGCCAGCCUCCUCUCCAACGCCCGCUACGAGGGCACCUGGGCCAAUGGACUGCAGGACGGCUACGGCUCGGAGACGUACGCCGACGGGGGCACAUAUCAAGGCCAAUGGCUGCGUGGCAUGCGACACGGCUACGGCGCCCGCACCUCCGCCCCCUACGGCCACUCGACCAUCACCAAGAUGGCGCACCGCGAGGGCAGCGAAACUGACUCGAGGACCGGCGAGGGCGGCCUGCGAGCAAGUCAGGCGGAGAUGGGCAGCAAUGCGAGCUUCCUCAGCCAAAACGGCGACAUCAGCGACCCGGCCACCGUGGAGACGUACUACGGCGAGUGGAAAAACGACAAGCGGGCCGGCUUCGGCAUCUGCGAGCGCACCGACGGCCUGAAGUACGAGGGCGAGUGGUACAACAACAAGAAGUACGGCUACGGCGUGACCACAUUCCCCGACGGCACCAGGGAGGAGGGCAAGUACAAGAACAACCAACUGGUGACCAAUAUCCGCAAGAAGCACCUCUUUAUGAUGCGGAGCAGCAAGCUAAGGGAGCGGAUCGAGUCGGCGGUGGUGGCGGCGGCCCGGGCCCAGCAGAUUGCCCUGCAGAAGUCGGACAUU